AUGCAGUUGGCCCCUUCUCCGGGGCGGUCGCACUUGGAUGAUUUCUUCCCAGUUGGUUGGGUUGAUUUGCAAGCGCCUCACGGAAGUUUUCAGGGCACUCUUGUAGCGCCGGACUUAGCCUCCUUGUCAGCGGGAUUCCUUGGUGACAUCUCCAUAGAAGAACUAUUUGGGUUGCCGCUCGUCGUCCAUCCGCACGAGGUGGCCGCUCCAGCGCAGUUGCAGUUGCUUCAGCAGGACGGAGCUGCUGAGGAUUCCCGUCAGCUCCAGUACGUUUGUGUCCGUGAUCCGCUCUUGCCAUCUCAACUUCAGUAUCCGUCGAACACAACUGAGGUGGAUGCGAUUGAGGCUUCGCGCCUGCUUCUUGUACACCGUCCAGGUCUCCGCUCCAUACAUCGGCCCUUGCAGGAUGACCGUCUUGUACACCUUCAGUUUGGUGUUGAGAUGGAGACCAUGUCGAUCCCAGACGGUGCUUUGCAAGUGACCGAAGGUUUGGCUGGCUUUGGGAGUUCGGAGGGUCACUCCAGCGUCGAUUUGGGUGUUACGAAGAGAGUGCUGCCCAGGUAUGUUUAA